GGUCGGCGGCAGCCGCAUCACCGGGGCGGGCAGGCGGCGAACGGGCCGAGGGGGGGGGGGGCGGAUCCCUCCGCCGCUGAGUCCCGGCCGCGCGCAACCGGCCCAGGCCGGAUCCUUCCGCCGCGGGGAGCGGCCCGGAAACGAGUCCCCCGGCCCCGCAACGAGGCUGCGCCAGGUCCCGGCGCGGCCAUGAGCGAACUGGAGCAGCUGCGGCAGGAGGCGGAGCAGCUGCGCGCCCAGAUCCGGGACGCGCGGAAAUCAUGCGGCGACUCCACCCUGAGCCAGAUCACCGCCGGGAUGGACCCCGUGGGGCGCAUCCAGAUGCGGACGCGACGCACCCUGCGAGGCCACCUGGCCAAAAUCUACGCCAUGCACUGGGGCACCGACUCCAGGCUGCUGGUCAGCGCCUCGCAGGACGGGAAACUCAUCAUCUGGGACAGUUACACCACGAAUAAGGUCCACGCCAUCCCCCUGCGCUCCUCCUGGGUCAUGACCUGCGCCUACGCCCCGUCGGGGAACUACGUGGCCUGCGGGGGCCUGGACAACGUCUGCUCCAUCUACAGCCUGAAGACCCGGGAGGGGAACGUCCGCGUGAGCCGGGAGCUGCCGGGCCACACGGGUUACCUCUCCUGCUGCCGCUUCCUGGACGACAAUCAGAUCGUCACCAGCUCCGGGGACACCACCUGUGCGCUGUGGGACAUCGAGACGGGGCAGCAGACGACGACGUUCGGGGGCCACAGCGGGGACGUGAUGAGCCUCUCGCUGGCCCCCGACGCCCGGAGCUUCGUGUCCGGCGCCUGCGACGCCUCCAUCAAGCUGUGGGACGUGCGGGACAGUAUGUGCCGGCAGACGUUCACCGGGCACGAGUCGGACAUCAACGCCGUGUGUUUCUUCCCCAACGGCAACGCCUUCACCACGGGCUCGGACGACGCCACCUGCCGGCUCUUCGACCUGCGCGCCGACCAGGAGCUCAUGAUGUACUCGCACGACAACAUCAUCUGCGGCAUCACCUCGGUGGCGUUCUCCAAGAGCGGGCGCCUCCUGCUGGCCGGCUACGACGACUUCAACUGCAACAUCUGGGACGCCAUGAAGGGCGACCGCGCAGGGGUCCUGGCCGGCCAUGACAACCGCGUGAGCUGCCUGGGGGUGACGGACGACGGGAUGGCCGUGGCCACCGGCUCCUGGGACAGCUUCCUGAAAAUCUGGAACUAGCCCCCUGCUGCCCCACACCCUGGGGGCGUGGCUGCCGCUGGCCCCACCCACAGCAGGGAGGGGGUGUGGCUUUACCUCCCCUCUCAGCCCCUCCCCCUUUGAUUUCUGCCAAUUUUUUUUUUCUUCUCCUGAUUCA